AUGAAGGAAGAUGAAGAUGAAGAUGGGGAUGGGGAUGGAAUUCGACGUCAAGCUGGUGGAGCGAGGAAAACUAUGGAGCAGCAGCAGGAAAUCCUCCGGCAGCCCGAGGAACGAUGGGACGGGAGCGAACUUUUCGACCGAGCCGAUAGGUUUAAUAUUGUUUAA